GAGUCGUGGGCAGAUCAGAAACAAGGUGUCGCAACUAAUGAACUAGCCGUUUCUUCACAGCGAACGAUUCCGAGCCGCAGAGGGAGAUAUGUGGGUGCAAGCUGUUGUGCUGAUCUUGAUGCUGGCCGCCAGAGGGACAGCAGGCUUCUCUAUCAAGCGAUCCGCACGUGGAUCUGACGUUCUCUACAAAGUGCCUCUCAUUGACGGCCACAAUGACCUACCGUACAACCUGAGAUCCCAUCUCAAGAAUCAACUGGCCAACUUCAACUUCUCGGCUAAUUUGUCGUCCGACGCUUACUGGAGUGAAGUGGCUUCAUCAUUCACAGACCUGCCGAGACUGCGUGCAGGACGAGUAGGGGCUCAGUUCUGGGUAGCUUUCGUGGGCUGCAGUUCUCAGUUCAAGGAUGCUGUAGAACAAACGCUGGAGCAAAUAGACGUCAUCAAGCGCCUUGUUCGCGAGUAUCCAGACGAUCUACACUACGCAACCUCGGCUGAAGAUAUAUGGGAAGCCUUCAAUAGCGGUAAAAUUGCCAGUUUCGUAGCUGUAGAAGGCGGUCAUUCACUCGAUAAUCGACUGGCGAUGCUGAGGCUCAUGUAUGAACUUGGCGCUCGCUACGUCACUCUGACGCAUUCGUGCAACACUCCCUGGGGCGAUGCUUCACCGGCGGACGACAUAAAUUCUGGAACACCUGCAGAACACAAUGGCCUCACUGACUAUGGAAAAACCAUGGUGAAGGAGAUGAACCGGCUGGGCAUGAUGGUGGACCUGUCCCACGUCUCUCACAAUGUCAUGAUCGACGCCAUUAACGUGUCGGUGGCUCCCGUCAUAUUCUCGCACUCCUCCGCCUAUGCGAUAUGCAACCACCAUCGCAACGUGAGAGACGACGUGCUGGAACUGAUGCCUGGCAACGGUGGGAUCGUAAUGGUGAACUUCUAUUCUGGAUUUGUCAACUGCAAGAGCGCAGCUGAAGCAACUCUGGAAGACGUUGUCGCACACAUUAACCAUAUCCGCACUGUAGCUGGAGUGGACCAUGUGGGGAUUGGUAGCGACUAUGACGGUGUAGACAAAGUGCCAGCCGGCCUCGAAGACGUGUCUAAGUACCCAGAUUUGUUCGACCGUCUUGCAGACAGCCGUCCGGGGGAGCCCACUUGGGGUACAGAGGACCUCGAGAAACUUGCAGGCCUCAACCUCAUAAGAGUUCUAGAGGAAGUCGAGAAGGUUCGAGACCAGCUGGCAGCCGAAGGUGUGGAACCAUAUGAGGAUCUCAUGCCCAGAUCUGAUCUCGGCAAUAAUGAUGGCUGCAUAACCGACUCAUUUUCUUUCUUGAAGUCGCCGCAAGUGGGUAUCGAUUUCGGCCAGUUGACGCCUCGCCGUUUUUCUCAUGGCAUUUGUGAUUGAAGUUCAGUACCAAAAUUAUUAAAAUAAAAUAUGAAGUCUAUGGUAUGUGUUUGAAAAGCAUCAUUGAUCAACAAAGUUAUAUGUAAGUUUAUUAUAACAUAUUUCAAUACAAUCUGUAAAAUAUGUUAUGGGAUGUACCGGAAUAUACAGAAUAUUUCAUUUACGGCCUUACUGAAAUUACACUUU